AUGUGGUGGACGUGGCGUGUGGAGGACACGGUGUGUGGAAGAUGCAGCGCGCGUGGAGGACGCAGUGUAGGUGUGGAGGACACGGCACAUGUGUGGAGGACGCGGCUUGUGGAGGACACGGCAUGUGUGUGGAGGACGCGGCUUGUGGAGGACACGGCAUGUGUGUGGAAGAUUUGGUGCAUGUGGAGGACAUGGCGUGUGGAGGAUGUGGCGCACGUGGAGGACGCGGUGUGGGUGUGGAGGACACGGCACACGUGGAGGACGCGGUGUGUGGAGGACAGCGUGUGUGUGGAGGAUGCGGUGCAUGUGAAAGACACGGAGAAGGAGCCGCCGGCGGACUGUCCCCUGGACAGCGAGCAGCUGGGCCGCAGCACCUGGGCUUUCCUCCACACCAUGGCCGCGUAUUACCCCGACCAGCCCACUGGCGCCCAGCAGCGGGAGAUGAGGCAGUUUAUCAACCUCUUCUCCAAGUUUUAUCCCUGCGAGCAGUGUGCUGAAGAUCUGAGGGAAAGAUUACGUACAAAUCAGCCUGAUACUAGCAACAGAAAUAACUUCUGCCAGUGGUUGUGUCUUCUUCAUAAUGAAGUGAACAGGAAACUGGGGAAAACUGAAUUUGACUGCUCUCGUGUGGAUGAGCGCUGGCGAGAUGGUUGGAAAGAUGGUAGUUGUGAUUAAUCUGUAGAGAGUACUCGGGAAAUUUAACAGACCUAAUUCAGUCUGGUGUGAAGUCACUACAUGGAGAAGUGCAAGUAAAUGUGCGUGUGCAUGUGUGCAUGACUGAUGUGGCUUGUGGAAAUAAAGGUGAAA